UUCUUUUCAUCUUUUUAAAAAUCUAUUUUGAUAUAGCGUGUAUCGUAUCGUUUCUUCGAUAUUUUGGGCAAACAUUACUGCCCAUUUGCUCGUCAAACAUAAACAGAAACCCUUCGUUGAUUAUUAAUGACGUUUUGGCGGGGAGUGACUUGAAACAGCCUUCGACCCUCCAGUGCUAUAAUGUUCCCGGGACUUCCAUUUCUAAGGGUAAAGGCAAGAUCACUUGGUACCACCCUUACCGCCAGGCUCCUCUCAAAUCAGCAAACCAAGGCGGCAUUGAAGCCCUUCUACUUUGCCGUCCAUCCGGAUCUGUUUGGCCAGCACCCAACACAGCGGGCGACAAACGAAGACUCCUUGAAGCGGCUGAACUCGUAUAUAGAUAACCUCGAGAAUAAGUACCCCGUUAGUCCCACCCACCUAACCUUCUACAUCAAAGAUGACGAGCAAGUAGAACAAGAGAAGUUCAAAACAGUGCGCAUAUCCCUCUACUCGCGUGACCUUGGCUACACUGUCAGUCAGAUUCUCAAAUCAUGUGGGAUGAUCAAAGACUUUGUGGCCGUUGAUCCCGUCUCAACCCCAGGUUCUCUCGACUGGCUGCAAGUGUAUAGUAAAUAUGGAGAUAAGUGGAAUGCCCACAAGUUCCACAAAAAGCCGGAAAUCACUCUUCAUAGUUUCCUCGAUACCCACAGCGAAGAGUCACGUGACAAGCUGCGCAAUAGCCUUCGUGAUUGCGAAGAGGUCUCACGCCUAUCACGUGACGUGUGCGAGGAGUUCGGACUUGCGGAGAUGAAAAUGGACUGUGGUUGGAGUUGUUCCGCGUGCCUCGGCUCACUCAGGAACUUUACUCAGCUGUGCCGUGAGAAGAGACACGAGAUUCUUACUGGGCGUCGCCUGCACUUCACAAGCUGGACGGGGGUAGACCCCACAGGGCGUGUCAUGUUGGGCAUUCAAGAUGUGCCGCAGUUCUGGCUUUCGCUCUUCGGCUCUCUUGAGGAUUAUGAUGUCUUAGUGCAUCAGGUACCAUUAUGGGAGGCACGUUUGUCCACAGCUCUGGGUGGUCUGAGGAUCCACCACUCUCCUUCCUCUCCCUCUGUGGCUGUCACCGAAUACCUCCACAACCUACACAGACUGGUUAUGGGGCUGAGGAGACUAAACUACGGCAGGACGGGACAUGCUGUCAAUCCCGGCACCUACAAGGACUUGCAUGCUAGUGUACUGAGUCCUUCUGGCUCAUUGACACUCUCAUCUUGUGGUGAAAUCCGUAUUCCUGCAUCAACACCAGGAGAUAUCUUGCUAAAAUUCCUUGAAAAAAGUGCACUGCUGGCUCAUCAGCGGCGACAGGAUAGCCACAGAAUUGCAUCACAAGAGGAACAGCUGAUCUCACACUGUAUGAACACCUUGUCGCUUCACUUGCUGACACGUGACGAGUGUGUCAGCGCACACGAGAUGAUCACUUGCUGUAACAGACUUGCAAAGCUACCAGCCAAGUCACUUAGUGGGCUAAGACUGGUCAUAUCUAAGUACUACCAUGCCAACAGUGACGGCACUCUUUGUAUUCCUUGGGAUUGGAAAUAGCUGUAAUAAUCUAUAAUUCAGGAAUCUUUGCUUGAAGAUGGUAAAAGUCAAGUCAUGGAAUUUAACAAUUAUCAAACAGAACAAACUCCCUUGAUAUGCUGCAGGGACUGACAACUGUCCAUUGUAAAUAAGUAAGAUAUAUGGUUGUCUUGCUUCAAUCCACUGAGCAGUGGCAGAACAUUUGUCAUGAAAAUAGACUAGGGGAACUGGGGGCAUCCUCCCCGUAGAAUGUCCCAUAAUAUGGUGCUUGUAGGUUCAUUUAAUAUGUGGUUUAACCACAAAGAGUUUAUGAUAGUCAAAAUAUAACUUUUAGGGGUGCACUAUGGCCCAUACAAUAAGUCCCUGUCCUUCACUAUAGUACUAGGCUUAAAGCUGGACUGUUCAUCAAAAGGAGGGGUGUUGCAAAAAGAAAGGGAAAGCUCAGAAAAACAUUAAAUUGAAUACACGGCAGCUGAAAAACUUUAUACUAUAACAAGGCUUGGAGGACCAUAGGUUAAAAGGGUAACAAAUUUGAGUCAGUCAAAUCAACUUAUUAGUGGAGUUGGCAAUUACAUUAUUUAAAUAUAUCUUGAAAAUUAUGGCAGCUGGUUGCUUAAGUUUAUUUGAAUGCAAAUAUUUCAAUAAAUAUUCGAUAAAACCUGUUUUAUAUUGUACAGAGAUCAAUAAAUAAAAUUUGUGCAAAAAAUCAA